UUACAGCUUAGACAAUGGAGUACCUUUGGAACCCUGGAAGUUAUACCUGAGAUUGAAUCAGUUGCACCGGCAUUCUCAGUGGUGACAGAAGAUGACUGUGAAAUUCUUAAAAUCCCUGCAAAGGAAUAUGCAAAGUUAAAAUUGGAAAAGAAAAAACUUGAAAGUAUACAAAAGUUAGAAUUAAUCCGUAAGUGUCCUUAUUAUGAGGAGUGGCCUACUUUAUCCAUAUAUGAGCUAAUUGCACUCAUUAAAUGGAAGAAAUUUCCUCCAGGUCAUGUGAUAGUGGAAAGUGGAAGUAUAAUUUCUUUUGUGGCUUAUAUCAAUUCUGGAUAUUGUAACGUUUAUAGAAGUAUUAUAGGAUUUGUGAAACUACAUUCAAAUAAAAUGAAAAAAACGCGAAAACUUGUUUACAUGGGUAGACUUAAGGAGAAGGAGUCCUUUGGUGAGAUUAGUGUUCUUCUGCAAGAACCUUUCACAUGCACAAUCAUUACUGGAAGAGAGGUUGAGUUGGCAAUCAUUGAAGAUAAGGACCUAUGGGUGGCCUAAAACUAGAAACAACUUCAAUGCACAUCGAUUAAGAGAGUAUUAACUAUAUUUUGGGGUAAUUGCAUUAUGAAGUACUAUCAAACUGCCAACAGUGAGUUUG